AUGACGAGAGGUGAAAUUUUACACGUCCACAUUGGGCAGGCAGGCACGCAGCUUGGAAAUAGCGCUUGGGAAUUAUAUCUUCUCGAGCACGGCCUCACCAAGGAAGGUCGCAUUAAUCCCGAUCAACAAGAAUUAUAUGAUUCAAGCUCGCUUGAUACAAUUUUCUCGGAAAGCAGCAGCGGAAAACAUGUUCCCCGAUGUAUCUUUGUUGAUCUGGACCCCUCGCCAAUCGAUGAGAUCCGCACGGGUGACUUCAAACAGCUUUUUCACCCUGAUUUAUUGGUUUCAGGCAAAGAAGAUGCCGCGAAUAACUACGCGCGCGGGCAUUACACUGUCGGCAAAGAGAUUAUAGAUGUGACGCUUGAAAAGAUUCGUCAAGUUCUGGACAACUGCUCUUCUCUCCAGGGCUUCUUAAUUUUUCACUCCUUUGGCGGAGGGACUGGUUCCGGUUUUGGCUCCCUGCUCCUCGAACGCCUUUCUACUGAUUAUGGAAAGAAGGCCAAGCUCGAGUUUGCUGUCUACCCUGCCCCCAAGAUGGCCAGCUCUAUCGUUGAGCCUUACAACGCAGUCCUCUCAACUCACUCAACGAUUGAAAACUGCGAUUGUACGUUCCUGGUUGAUAACGAAGCAGUAUAUUCUAUAUGCAGGAACACAUUAAACAUCCCAUGCCCCUCAUAUUAUCAUUUGAACCGUUUGAUAUCUCAGGUCGUAAGCAGCAUCACUUCUAGUUUACGAUUUGAGGGUGUUUUGAAUGUUGACCUGAAUGAUUUUCAAACCAAUUUGGUCCCAUAUCCUCGAAUUCAUUACCCACUAAUCUCCUUCGCACCAUUGACACCUGCUUCACUUCAAAGCCACGAAUCGUAUAGGACAGAACUCUUAACCGUUCAAUGUUUUAACACGGAAAAUCAAAUGGUGGUUUGUGACCCUCAUGCUGGGAAGUAUAUGGCUGUCACUUUGCUUUAUCGUGGUGAUGUUGUUCCUGUCGAGGUUAACAACGCCAUUAGGACGAUCAAGUCUAAGCGAACUUUUAAUCUUGUGGAGUGGUGCCCCACAGGCUUCAAAGUUGGAAUCAACAACCAAAAGCCUGUAUCUAUUCCUGGUGACGGUGCGCUUGCCUUAGGCGACAGAUCUGUGUCUAUGCUUAGCAACACCACCGCAAUCUCUGAAGCAUGGGUCUCCAUUGAUCGUAAAUUUGAUCUGAUGUACAGCAAGCGUGCCUUCGUCCAUUGGUAUGUAGGCGAGGGCAUGGAGGAAGGUGAGUUCAGCGAGGCGCGAGAGGACUUGGCAGCUCUAGAAAGGGAUUACGAGGAAGUCGCGGCCGAUUCACUCGAACAUGAUGCAGUCGAUGAGUACUAA